AGAUACGAAAAUUAUUCCUUGUGUUUUACUCUUAAAGUCCAACAUUUGUUCUCAAUAAGGUUUCUUUUUUUGAGAAUUUCAAUUAAUUUGAAAACACGAUACCAACUAAAGAAGUAGCAGCAGCAACAACCACCACCAACAUUCAUGGCUACCUCUCUCUUUCUUCUGCUCCUCUCCCUCCUCUACCUCCACUAUCCUGUUCUCUCCACAGCCAACAUUCACAAAGCCAAAAACCUCUUCAAAUCCCAACUCCUUGCCGAACCCACCUCUCCACAUGCUUCCAAUUCCAAAUUCUACAAUGACACCCCUCCAGCGGUUUACUUUGAAGUAACAAAACCCAUUGAAGUCCCAAAUAAGGUCAAACCUUGUGUACAUACUGUCCUCCAACAUGAUUUUGGUUCUACUUAUGGGAAACCUCCAGUCCUUGCAAAUUAUACCCCUCCUUCUCAUUGCCCAUCUGAACGUUUCUCCAAAAUUGUUCUCGAAUGGGGUUCGACAUGUAAAGGAAGACAAUAUGAUCGCAUUUUUGGGGUUUGGUUAGGUGGUGUGGAGCUUUUUAGGAGCUGCACAGCUGAGCCAAGAAAAACUGGGAUUUUUUGGUCUGUUCAAAAGGAUAUAACAAGGUAUCAUUCUUUGCUUAUUAAGAAUGAGACUCAAGAAUUUGCUGUUUAUAUUGGUAAUAUUGUUGAUAGUACUUACACUGGGGUUUACCAUGUGAAUAUAACUAUUCAUUUUUAUCCUGCUGAAGAGAAAUUUAGUCAUAACGAGUAUGGUUUGAGCGAUGUGGUAGAUACACAUGCUUCAAAAGCUGAUUUGAUCUUACCCAUUUCAAGAAAUUUGCCAUUGAAUGAUGGGUUGUGGUUUAAAAUUGAGAAUUCCACUGAUACCCAAUUUAAGGAAUUCGUGAUCCCUCAAAAUGUGUAUAGGGCUGUUCUGGAGGUUUAUGUUUCUUUUCAUGAGAAUGAUGAAUUUUGGUAUUCAAAUUAUCCUGAUGAGUAUAUUGUUGCAAAUAAUCUUACUGAUUACCCCGGAAAUGGUCCUUUUAGAGAAGUUGUUGUUAGUCUUGAUGGAGAGGUUGUAGGUGCAAUUUGGCCUUUUACUGUGAUUUAUACAGGUGGGAUCAAUCCUCUCCUCUGGAGACCCAUUACUGGUAUUGGUUCAUACAAUCUUCCUUCUUAUGAUAUUGAAAUUACAUCAUUUUUAGGGAGUAUAUUAGAUGGAAAGACCCAUGAGCUGAGUUUUAGUGUCACAAAUGCUUUGAAUGUUUGGUACACAGAUGCAAAUUUGCAUCUUUGGUUGGACCAUAAAAGCACAAAAACAAAAGGGAAGGUUUUGAAACAUAAAAGUAAACCUCUAGUUUUUUCUUUAGCAUCAAAUUUCCAGGAUUUGAAUGGAACAGUCUUGACAACUGCAAGAAGGUCCAUAUCCACAAGUGGAUGGGUACAGUCUUCCUUGGGGAAGAUUACCACCCAUUUCAAUCAGCUCUUCAGUUACAGAAACUCCAUGGAAAUUGGUGAUAAUGGGAAUUCGCAGAUUGUGAAUCAGAUAAUUGAUUAUAGUGACACUGUUUCUUUCAGAAAGGUUAGUUCUUCUGUUCAUUCAUUCAAAUCAUCAAAAUCCUUCCUUAUUGACCUGUACUCGGACUUAGUUGAUGAAGGAAACGACACUUCGUUAAUUGCGACAAACAUCACAUUAGGAUUCAGCGAGAAAGUAAAAGAUUCUGGAUUUGGAUUUGGGGCAAGCUCUCUGAAAAAUCUGCAGGAUUCACAGGGUUUUAUGGUUUUAAAAGAAAACUCGGUGGUCGGUGGAAUGGGAAGUACACAGCAGGCUUACAAAUAUGAUGAUGAUAAUUUCUGCUACUUUAGGGACGUUAGCAGUUCAAACUACACCGUGCUUUAUGACAAAGUGAGAAAUAAUUGCGAUAAGAAGUGAGUGACUUCUCCAUUUACAUUUGAUACUGUCAAACAAGUAAGAAGAAAAUCGGAUGAUUUUGCAUAUAAAUACAGGUGCUUUUCUUUUCUCUUGAAACCUUUUUAGUAUAAUUUAUCGAUAUGUUCAAGCUUCUUUGA